AAUGCAGGGUGUCAACGAUGACAUCGAACCGUGUCAUCGUCAAAUUGUGUGUCAUUUGUGUACGUGUGCUUAAAUUGAGAGAGUGUGUGUGUGUUACUUUCGACGGUGAGGAUGUGUUUUUGUGUGUGCUGUAAUUUUGAAGUAACAAACACGGCGUAAAUAUAAAAUAGAGUUCAAUAACAAAAUGUGCAUAGACAUCAACAAAUGAAUAGAAAAAUUAUAUAUAUUAUGAACAAUUCCAAUUUAUUGGUGAUUAUCAUAAAAUGUUGGUCAUAAAAAAGAGGAAACCAAUUACUUAAGCAUUCAUUCCAAGAUCAAUGACUCUAAUCAUCGCCAUAUCACAGAAUUUGAUUUGAAUAGAAAAUGAAGUAUCGGCUAAAAUGGGAGAAGAAAAUAUACAAGUAUCCGUAUCUGACAAGAGGAUGUAAAACACUUCAUUUGGAUUUUUAACAUGGAUGAAGAAUAUCAUCGCCAGGCCUUGGAGUGUAUACGGAGAACCUAUGGCUUCCUAUGUGACAAUGAUUGGAAAUUGGAAAAGGUGACAAAACGUGGGGAACGGAUCAGUAGUAUUUAUCGUGAGGGAUAUGGAAAGAUCUAUAAAUUAACGUGUAGCUUAAAAUAUCCCGCAAAAGCUUUGUGCUAUGAAAUUUAUCACAAUAUUGAAAAGGUGCCCACAUGGAAUCCCACAAUGUUGGAAUCGAAAAUAAUUAAGAAAAUCAAUUCCUAUACCGAAAUUGGCAAACAGGCCAUGUGUAGUGGCACCGGUGGUCUUAUACAAAAUCGAGAUUUUGUCCAUUUAUGUUGUUGGCGUCUUUUGGUAAAUGGCGAAAUUUGUGAUCACACCAAUGAUAGCCUGGACGAAUCGAUUGCCCUCAGUGAAGACAUCCUCCACAGCGAGCAGUAUUACAAGAAAAAUGGUCGUGUGUGGUUUAAUACGGCCGUCAGUAUAGAAUACGAACAUGCUCCGCCGGUUUCUAAAUAUGUACGUGGUGAAAAUCUGGCCUCUGGAUUUGCUGCCUGCGAAGUAGAGGAUCAUCCGGAUGUUUGUAUAUUUGAAUGGAUUUUGUGUUUGGAUUUAAAAGGUUAUGUGCCGCGUUACAUAUUGGAUAAGUCUUACACAACUUUUAUGUCGGAGUAUAUGAAACAUUUUCACAAACACGUAGAUGAAUUGCGACAAAAUCAUUUAAAUAAAUAAUUUAAUAAGAAAAGUUUUGUUUUGUGUUAAAAUCAAUUGAUCGUGAAUUUACACAAGGGAAAAUGGCUGAACCGUAUAAUUUUUAAAAUUCCGC